AUGGCCUCCCGCGUCUUUGCUUCCCGUCUGGCUUCCCAGAUGGCCACCAAGGCUGCCCGCCCUGCCAUGCGUGCCCCCGUUGCCGCUGCCAAGCGCACCAUCACCACCGGUGAGUCGAAGAAAAACUUUUUCCCUCAGCAAAUGGAGGCUGCUGGCCGCAACGCCUUCCAGGCUCAGCGCCGCGCCUACUCUUCCGAGAUCGCCCAGGCCAUGGUUGAGGUCUCCAAGAACUUGGGUAUGGGUUCUUCCGCCAUCGGUCUGACCGGUGCUGGUGUUGGUAUCGGUGUCGUUUUCGCCGCCCUCAUCAACGGUGUUGCCCGCAACCCUGCCCUCCGUGGCCAGCUCUUCUCCUACGCCAUUCUGGGUUUCGCUUUCGUCGAGGCUAUCGCUCUGUUCGACCUCAUGAUUGCCCUGAUGGCCAAGUUC